UAUCGCUGAACAAGGAUACGUGGCCAUAUCAUAGCAGGUACGGUACCUACGGUACCGUAGGUACGUGUAUACAGGCCUCGGUCGAGCCGGAGCGGCACGGCCCGGCGAUGAUAAUCGAGCCGGCUGCCCCGCAUGCUUUCGUUGUUUGCUGCCCUCCUGCUCCUCGGCAGCAGCGGCGCAGUCCAGCUCUUCGUGGUCGUGUCGGCGCCGAGGAGCGGCACGGAGUGGCUGCGGCUCAUGCUCGCCGGCCACCCACGCGUCUGCUGCGACGGCGAGGUGCUACUGCGGCUCGGUCGCCGCGCGCAGCGCCCGGGCGGCCUCGACAUUAGGAGGGCCCUCGACGCGUUCGCGCGCGGCGCCGCCCCCGAGUACGACGACGUGCUGCGCUGUGUGGAAAUCAAAUUUACGGCGCCGUCGUCGUGAAUCGCCGCGUCGACCUCCACGCCAUCGACGCGCCGCCUGCUCGAUGGCGUGGCGAUGUCGGUUCCUCACCGCUCGACGGAGCCAGCGCGGCCACGUCAUCGCCGAGAAAUGAACCCGACACACUGGUUGAUUUCCACACAGGUGCUGCGGCCGUGCCGGAAGCCGGGCGCGCGCGCGCGCGGUUUCAAGUGGUUCGACGGCCAGGGCGGCGCGUCCGUCGCCUCGGAGAACGCCGCGCUGGGCAACCUCUCGGCGUGGCGCGCCGCGCACGCGGCGAAGCUGAUUGUUCUGGAGCGCCAGGGCCUCGCCAAGCUCGUGAGCGACCGCCUCAAGCACCUGAGCUCGCAGCGCGGCGUCGACGCGGUCCCGACGCACUGCCGAGAUGCUUCGUGCGCCGCGCGCGUGUCGGCGCAGCGCGUUACGUUGGACGCCGGCGCGCUCGAGACCCAGCUGGACGCCGGCGUGCGGCGCUUCAGUGCCUUGCUGAAUUGGGCGCGCGCGGCGGCCGCGUUCGACGAUAUCCUGUACAUCGCGUACGGCGACCUCGUCGCCGAUCCUGAACGGGAGCUGCGUCGCGCGUACCGGUUCCUCGGCGUCGACGAGGCGUGGCAGGCGAACGCGUCCGUCCUGACCAAGUCGGUGUCUCGGCCGCUCGCCGAGGUCGUGGCGAACUACGGCGAGGUCCGCGCGGCGCUGCUGCGGACGAAGUGGGCGGGCGAGGUGGGGUAAGCGAGCCUUCCUUAGCCCCCCCUUCCUG